AUGAAAAGUGGCUUGGAAUAUUUUGGAAUCUUUUUGUACAUUAUGGUGAAUAUUCUGAGUAAACACCAAUAUCAAGCAGUACGUUGUUACGUAUGUGACUAUUGUCCGAUAGUAACGAGUGAAUCAAUAUCAAAAGACAACAAUUGUACAUCUUGCGUGAUGGGUGGUAGUGGUUUUGAGAUUCACAGAAUAUGUUUGUUUAAUGAUAAGAUACCCAUUAACUUCCCAAACGAAAAUCGAGAAACUUGUCCCACUGACUUGUGUAAUGGGAAAACAGUUGAUAACACUGCACAACGUCCAACAGGGCCUAUAACAAAACCAAUCGAUUGCUAUACUUGUUUGAACUGUACAAAAAGUAACGAAAAGGUUAUGAGCGGUUGUGGUGGAUGUGUGACAACUCAUGGUUCUGGAGUUACCAGUAAAUUUUGUGGACCUACAUGUGAUAAAUUGGAACAUGCGUAUACAGUCGGUUGUUGCUCAACAGAUAAAUGUAAUGGAAUGACAAAAUUAUCUAUUCAUCGUCAUGUUAUUGUUGUUCUGUUUGUUUGCAUGGGAAUCAAUCAAAUUCAGUCAAUUAAAUGUCAUGUGUGUGAUUACUGCCCAAUAGUAACGAAUAAGUCAAUAUCAAAUGAAAAUUGUACUUCAUGUGCAGUUGCCGGUGAAAAUUAUUCAGUACACAGAAUAUGUUUACGUAAUAGUACGAUUCCCACAAACUUUCCAAAAGAGAAUCUGAAUGUGUGCAAGUCGGAUCUGUGUAAUAAUCGAAUAAUUGGCGAUCAUCUAAAAAAUCAAACAAAUCCUCUAAAUAAUUCAACAACUCAUGGUUCUGGGGUUACUAGUAAACUUUGUGGACCUACAUGUGAUCAAUUGGAUCAUGAGUAUACGGUCGGUUGUUGCUCAACAGAUAAAUGCAAUGGAAUGACAAAAUUAUCUAUUCAUCGUCAUGUUAUUGUUGUUCUGUUUGUUUGCAUGGGAAUCAGUAAAUACAUUCUCUGA